AAUAUAAUAAAUUAAUAAUUGUUGUGCCUUCUCUGACCUUUGCCCAAAUUGUCCGCUGUCUUUUCCACUCUUUUGAGUCUUCACAGAAUCAGAGUUCUCUAACAAUGGCGAUGCAAAGGCUACCAUUACUACAAGUCUUUCUACUAAUAUCAUCUCUGUCCCUUUUAGCACAAUCGCGCAGCGACACGAACCAUGUAUACUCACCUUGUGCCGAUGCAAAAGUGCAGAGAUCGGAUGGGUUUAGCUUUGGAAUAGCAUUUUCUUCAAGAACAUCAUUUUUCGUCAACAGCUCAGUUCAAUUGUCUCCUUGUGAUAAGAGGCUGUCUCUUUCGUCUUCAAAUUCUCAACUUGCUGUGUUCAGACCUAAAGUGGAUGAGAUCUCUCUGCUUACCAUUAACACUUCCAAUUUCUUCCCUGAUUCUUAUGGAGGUUACAUGGUUGCAUUUGCUGGUCGGAAAUAUGCUGCUAGGUCUUUGCCUGCUUUUGUUGCUAAUAGUACAUUCACUGUAACAAGUUUUACUCUGGUACAUGAAUUCAAAAAGGGUAGGCUGGAAAACCUGUACUGGAAGAGAGAUGGAUGCUCGUCUUGCUCAGGCAACUCAAACUUUGUGUGCCUCAACGGUCAGGACUGUGCUAUCAGGACUAAUAACUGCAAGAAUCGAGGUGGUAAUGUUGAUUGUAGCCUCGGGAUACAACUUACAUUUUCUGGCACUGAUAAGCAUGAAUCUGUUUUCAAUUCAUGGUAUGAAGUGAAGAAUCUUCGACAGUACUCUCUUUAUGGCCUUUAUUCCAAUCUCCGCGGUUCUCUCACUGAUCAAUACAACAAAUUCUUCUGAUUGUAUGUAUGUUAGAGCUGUUUUUUUGUAUAAUUUACUUGUUUUAUAAUGGCUUCUCUUACUCUAUUUCUGAGUGUUCUCUUUGUAAUUUGUUCAUUUACUUUGUAUCCAUGUGAAGAUCAUUUGACAACAUUUCUCUUCAUGUUUGCUUCAUUUAGUAGUUUUUUUUUCUCUGUGAA